AGCAGCCAUGAUAAAAAUAGCUCGUAAAGUUGGGACUCUGGGAGCUGUCACUCAGAGGGUAGCUGGUUUCCAUCAUGAUAGUGUAAGAGACGAGCCUGCUCCUUAUCCUGGAGUUAAAACAGAAUUUACUAAAGAGAUGCGGUUCAUUCUUCCUGAAGAGGUACCAACAAUCCCGAUUUACAGAGUUCUGAACAGUCAGGGAAAAGUCAUAAAUCCCAAAGAUGAUCCCGAAUUUGACAAGGAAGACCUUCUUGAUAUGUACAAAGCAAUGGUUAAAACCAGUAUCAUGGAUAGAAUAUUGUAUCAGUCUCAAAGACAAGGGCGUAUAUCCUUUUACAUGACGAACUUUGGAGAGGAAGCAACCCAAAUAGGCAGUGCUCGAGCUCUCAAGUUUAAGGAUGUCGUGUUCCCUCAGUACCGUGAAGCUGGUGUGUUUAUUUGGAGAGGCUAUACUCCGCUCGAAAUGAUGCAUCAGUGUUUUGGAACUAACAAGGACUUCGGAAAAGGUAAACAGAUGCCAGUACAUUACACUGGAGCGAAAGUUAACAUCCAGGCUGUGUCAUCACCACUCGGUACACAGAUCCCUCAAGCAGCCGGGUACGCCUACGCAAUGAAGCAGCGCGACAAAGACUCCUGUGCAGUGUGCUACUUUGGGGAGGGAGCCGCCUCCGAGGGGGACUGCCACUCUGCCAUGAACAUGGCCGCCACACUGGACUGUCCUAUUCUCUUCUUCUGCCGGAACAAUGGUUAUGCUAUUUCAACCGCCACCAAGGACCAAUACAGAGGAGAUGGUAUCGCAUCCCGUGGGAUAGGGUAUGGAAUACCCGCAAUAAGGUUUGACGGUAACGAUUUGUUUGCGGUGUACAACGCGACGAAAGCCGCGCGGAAACUCAGUGUCGAACAGCAGAGACCAGUCGUGUUAGAGGCUAUGACUUAUAGAGUGGGCCACCACAGCACCAGCGAUGAUUCUACUGCCUACAGGUCAGUAGACGAGGUGAAGCACUGGGACACAGUGGACACGCCCAUAAACCGUAUCAGAAACUACCUGGCAGAGAAGGGGUGGUGGGACGAGGUGCUGGAGAAGGAGUUCCGGACUAGUACCAGGGGGGAGAUACUGAAGGGGUUCAGGGAGGCGGAGAACACUAAGCUACCUAACCCUCUACAGAUAUUUGACGAGGUCUGGGACGAGCUUCCAACUCAGCUUCAGGAGCAGAAAGAUGAGUUUAUCGAACACUGCGCUAAGUACGGAGAAAACUACCCGCUAGAGAGUUUCGAGGAUAUGAAAUAACUUGUUGAUUUGACGGGAUAUCGCCUAACUUCACAGUUGAACUUAACCACUGAACUUCAUAGCUGAACUUCGCAGCUAGCUGGCAUUACGCAUGCUUUACCGCAUGUAACAGGAUUUUAGAGUAGGAUCUUUAAAUGAAUAACUACGCAAUACGGGCAUGUUACAACUUCGGCUUAAUUUCCUUAUAUAGUUUUAAUGGCAGAAACCAAACCGAAACCAAGUUAUUGUCCAAAUAUUUGAGAUUGGAACUUGAAAGGCUGUAGAAGACUAGGGGAAACGCUCCCUAUAUGGUCACUUACUCACUUACUGUCGUCUUUUGUUUGGGUUAAAAAUAGCUUAUAUAUCCUUUAAUGAUCAUGUUUAACUGACUUGGUAUCUAAAGACCGCAUUUUCAUAUUUUUAAUAUUAUAGUUGUCAAAGAACUUUGUCGAGAGCUUCGCAUGACAUUUAAGGAAGUUUAAGGACGUUUGUAGUGUUUUUUCUUAGGUGAUUUAUUAUCGUUAUUUACUCAAUUUAGUUAAGUUAUUGUAGAUGUGCUUUUUUGAGAAGUUGUUUUAUUACAUCCUUUAGUUUUGGUUGCUUAAUAAAUUAUACUUUAUUUUUUGACGAUUACUACCCCGUUUUAAAUCAAAGGUAUGCCUUAAAUAUUAAUCAUCCAGUUUGGUGUCAUCGUAAAUAUUUGCUAGUUAAUUUUAAGAUUUUUUAUCAGAUAGCUUUUUUGAAGGUAUUUAAAAUAUUUAUAUUGCAUGUUUUCAAAGGUUUUUUUACCUGUGCUUGUGAAAAAGAACAUUUUUAUAGUUUCACUCGAGAGUCGUAGUUAAUUUAACAAAAUAGACUUCAGAAAAGUUAUCACUAACUGUGCCACAUUACGUAGGAUAAGUAAAAUAGACGUACAAAAGUUAUUAAGUUUUAAUACAAUUAAUAAAAAUAUAUAUAUUAUUAUUAUAAAUAGAUUUAGAUAUUGAUUGCAUUUAAUUCAUUAACAUCUUUAAUCUGUCAUAUUCGGCUGUAACCACAAUUUGUAAUUAUCACGCAUAAAAGUACCUCUACUAAUAAAUAAUUAUAUUUCAUUGUAUUGAACAAAUAAUCCUCGGUAAAUGCUUCUCGCCAAAUGAAGAGUGAAGACCUUAUAGGGUGCCAUAUAUA